CUCUCGGUUUUGAAGACAUCAGCAACAUUAAGGACACCUUUGCAAAACAUUUUUGUGUUGUUGGAUACACAUCUCUGGAAUUAGAGUUUUCUUUUUUGUCAUUCAACAGAAGGUUGAGCAGAGAACAGAGAAAAGUUGACAUCAUGGCAUUAAUGAUACUGCCAUUCAUCGGAGCACUCUCAGUGUCUGAGGGUUUGAUAGCCUUGGUGACAGUGUGUUUCGUGUACCUCACCCUUAAGCAGUUCCACAGAGAGAUCCCAGAGGGGCUUCGUCAACUCCCCGGCCCGAGCGCAUUUCCUAUCAUAGGGAAUUUGAUAGACCUGGGAAGCAAACCUUAUCUAAGUCUUACUGAAAUGAGCAAGCGCUUUGGAGAUGUGUUCCAGAUUCAAAUCGGGAUGCGUCCAGUUGUCGUUCUGAGUGGUUAUGAAACAGUUAAACAGGCUCUCACCAAACAGGGGGAUGACUUUGCCGGCAGACCAGACCUGUACAGCUUCCGCUUUAUCAAUGAUGGAAAAAGUCUGGCCUUCAGCACAGACCAAGCUGGCAUUUGGCGGGCUCGGAGAAAGCUGGCCUACAGUGCACUGCGUUCUUUUUCCUCCCUGGAUGGAAAGCUCCCAGAAUACUCCUGCGUGCUGGAGGAGCACAUCUGCAAAGAGUCAGAACAUUUGAUCAAAGAACUCCAAAAUGUCAUGAGAGUUGAAGGCAAAUUUGACCCUUUCCGCUACAUAGUUGUUUCUGUUGCCAAUGUCAUCUGUGGCAUGUGCUUUGGCCGUCGCUAUGACCAUCAUGACCAGGAGCUGCUCAGCUUAGUAAACCUCGCAGAAGAUUUUGUCCAGGUGGUAGGCAGUGGCAACCCUGCAGACUUCAUCCCUGCUAUGCAGUAUCUUCCCAACAAAUCAAUGAAGAAGUUUGUCAACCUCAACAACCGCUUCAACAACUUUGUUCAAAAGAUCGUCACUGAGCACUACACCACCUUUGACAAGGACAACAUCCGUGACAUCACAGACUCCUUAAUAGAUCACUGUGAGGACCGGAAGCUGGAUGAGAACUCCAACAUCCAGAUGUCAGAUGAGAAAAUUGUCGGCAUUGUCAAUGAUCUUUUUGGAGCUGGUUUUGACACCAUCUCUACUGGUCUGUCGUGGGCAGUGAUGUACCUUGUGUCAUAUCCAGAAGUUGAGGAGAGGCUUUUUCAGGAAAUCAAGGUGCAGAUUGGUCUGGAUCGUACUCCUACUCUUGCUGAUAGAAACAAUUUGCCUUUACUGGAAUCUUUCAUCUUGGAGCUCUUCCGUCAUUCCUCAUACCUACCUUUCACAAUCCCUCACUGCUCUACAAAAGAUACGUCUCUGAAUGGCUACUUCAUUCCCAAAGACACUUGUAUCUUUAUCAACCAGUGGCAGAUAAACCACGAUCCAGAGCUCUGGAAAGACCCCUCUUCAUUCAUCCCAGACCGUUUCGUCAAUGAUGAUGGCACAGAGGUCAACAAGCUAGAGGGAGAGAAGGUGCUCAUUUUCGGCAUGGGAAGGCGGCGGUGCAUUGGCGAGGUUAUUGCACGAAAUGAAGUCUUCCUCUUCUUAGCAAUUAUCAUCCAGAAGCUGCACUUUUACAAGUUACCUGGAGAGCCUGUGGACAUGACCCCAGAAUACGGCCUCACAAUGAAAAACAAACGCUGCUACCUGGGAGUUUCAAUGAGAGCUAAGGGUGACCAGUGAAGCUAUGCAUUAUUCAGAAUG